CAUAAGAAAUAUUUUCUGUAUUCCAUCAGCUUCCUCCUUGUGAAGAUAGAGAGUAAAGAAAAAAAUGAUACUAAAUUCUGCCUUUUCUGGAUUUGUUCAAUGGAAAAUUCCGAAGAAAAUGGUAUAUUUCACUGCUUCUGCUACAAAUACUUUAGACACAGAGAAGCUACGAGAACAAUUAGACCAUCUUCACAAGGAAGCACAAACCACAAGAAAUAAAGCAAAUAAUGCAAGAUCGAGGCUACUUCGUCUGUCUGAAGCAGCAGAGAAAUUUCGGCGACAAGCAGCCAUUAGUGUUCGAACAGGAAAGGAGAAUGAUGCCAGGGAGCUACUUUUUCAAAAGAAGAAGAUUAUGCAAGCCAUGGAAAAGUCAAAGAGUCGCAUUGAAUUGCUUGAUGAACUUGCAGCAAAGCUCAAUGAGGCAAUAUCUAUGAGGGAGAAGCAGUUGAUUGGAAAUGUUGCUUUAGACCUUGAGAUUGCUAUAGAUGAUGCUCCAAGUCCCGUCCGAAUAGUAUCACCAAAGGAUGAUAAUGCAGACAAUUCAGAUGAAAAUGAAGACUUUGACCAGGAAACUAUAAAAUUAGAUGAUAGCCAAGAAUCGCAAGCUCCCUAUGAUGGUAAUGCAGACCUUAAAACUGAUAAUGAAUUGAAAAAUCUCGAGGCAUCAACAAGUGGGAACAUUUCCAAGGAAGCCGACAGGAUCCAUAGUUUAAAGGGGGUAUCUUCAUAUGAGGAGUUUUUGGAGCAUAUAGACCAACAACUAAGAGACAUUGAAGUAGAACUUGUCACCUUUUUGAGAUUUUCAUCCUUAAUACUUGAAAGCAAAGAUAAACUAGAAAACUCAAAGGUACAACAAGCACUGGACGUUCUUGAGGGUGUUCAUCAGCUUAGAGGGAGAAUUGAAAGCAUGGUGCAGAAAAAAGCCAGUGUACAUUGAAGCUUUUUUGCACUAUAUGCAAUUCCUUCCAUGGCUUAUGUAAAGGCGAAAGUUCAAUUUCCUUGCGAUUCCUGUUGGUGGUGGGACUUUGCUAAGAUCCUAAGCGCUCUUUCACUGGUGGAUAUGAUAUUCAUCAUGUUCUUUUGUAAUAUAUUUCUACACUCCACCAACUCUGUCAAAUCUCCCUUUUUCAAUUGUAUAUUCAAGCAAUCAUAUCUCCAGUAUCCUUUCUGCAUCACUACGUGCUCUAUGAGGUGAUUCAAUUUUAUAGCUGUUUUUUUUUUUUACAAAGUUUCAUCUGAUAACCAAAUCCCAACACAGCCUUUGAUUCUUGAAUUCAAUCUUUUGUUGGCAUUUCUUUUCCAUCUCAACAGUGAAGAGCAUCAGAAAAUGCAUUGAUCUCCUGAAAGCUAAGGCUCUCUAUUUCCCCCUGAUGCAUUGAUCUCCUGAAAACCAAGGCUCUCUAUUUCCCCCUGAUGCAUCUUGUCUAGCAUAAUGUCAGUUGAUUGCUGUUGCUUAUGUUGUCUGCUUGUGGGAUUACACUGGGUACGUUCUUGUUGUUGGUUGCUGUGCUUAUAUUCACGAUAUUCCCCAGUUCAUAUUAACUUGUCAUCACUUGUCAUCGACCAUUCAUCGCGGGGUCUGGCAGUAGUAAGUUUUCGACAGUUGCUGAUAUGCAAGAUAUCAUACUGAUUGGUGAUUUAGUAGAUGUCAUCUUUUCUUAUUUCCCUCAUCUUCUUGAGCUUGGAUAUAAUGUACUCAUUUACCGCAGCAGUAGAACAUUACUUAGCACGGUCUCUAUACUAUUUCAUUGAGCUGAGGGUUUAUCGGAAAGAACAUCUCUAUUUUCUAAGGGGUAAGGUCUGUCCUACCCUCCCCAUUCCUCACUUGUGGGAUUACAUUGGAUAUGUUGUUGUUGAUCUAUGUACUCCGAGAAAACUAUAUAAAACAACUAUGCUUCAACCCCGAACAAGUUGAGGCUAGCUAUAUGAAUCUUUACUGACCAUGUUUAAUCCCAUUGGUUUUCGUAAAUUAACUUUCAGGAUAUCCAUGGUAAAUGCACAUAAUGUAGCUGCCUCUGUGUCCAAUUCCAGUUGCUGAAGAUCCUAUACAAGUUCCUUUUAUUUGUUUAAGAUUCUGAAAGUUGUAGCAUACCCUCUACUGAAUAAUCUUCAAAUACUGUAGACAAUGGUAUAUUCUUAAUUUUGUUAUUAUUUCACUGA